AUGGGGAAUGUCAAUUCGUCAGCUUCGUCCAUUGAGCAGUCGGGAUUCAAGGACCCAGACAAAAAGGCGUCCACGGACGAAUUAAUUGCCAACAUCCAAACACUCGAACUUGGUUUGGAGUACCAGCUGUCCAUCAAGGCAGAGGAGCUUGUUAUGCUCAAAAAACUGGGCUCUGGAAACUCUGGAACGGUUUCUAAAGUGCUACAUUUACCAACACAGAAAACCAUGGCUCGGAAGACCAUCCACAUCGACGCCAAAGAGGUUAUACAGUCGCAGAUCAUCCGCGAGCUCCGUAUUAUGCACGAGUGUGACUCGCCUUUUAUCAUUGGCUUCUAUGGAGCCUUCCUACACGAAGGAGAUGUGGUAAUUUGUAUGGAAUAUGUUGACUGCGGCUCAUUGGACAAAAUCUUUAAGCUCACCGGGCCAUUCCCAGAUUUCAUGCUCAAACACAUCGCCUACUCUGUCCUUAGCGGCCUGGUCUAUCUUUAUGACAACCACAGGAUUAUACAUCGUGAUGUGAAGCCGUCGAACGUGCUGCUGGACUCAAAGGGAAACAUAAAGCUGUGUGAUUUUGGCGUGAGCAGAGAGCUGAUUAAUUCGAUGGCCGACACAUUUGUUGGUACCUCUACCUACAUGUCGCCAGAGCGCAUUCAAGGAGGCGUUUACAACAUCAAGGGAGACGUGUGGUCUCUGGGUCUGAUGUUAUACGAGCUGGCCUCUGGAAAGUUUGCUUUUGGAGGUGCCCCUGGCGGAGCGGCCCCGGGGGUUUCUGGCCUGAAAGGCGAUCCCCAGAUAAAAACCCCGGAUUCCAUUCUGGAUCUGUUACAGCGCAUUGUCAACGAAAGACCGCCUUCUCUCAAAGAAAGUGAUGGCUAUACGCCCGAACUCUGUGAGUUUGUUGAAUUGUGUUUGAAAAAGGAGAAGGACAGGCCUGAUCCGCAUGAGCUGCUCAAACACAAGUUUUUAGCUGACUUCCCCGAGCCAGAUAGCUUGAAAGUGUCUGCCAAGUACCGUUCGGACAUCAAGAAGUGGGCUAAGAAUGUGAGACGCGUCCAAAAAGGCAAACCUACCAAGUAA